UCUCUCUCUUUCUCUCUCUCUCUCUCUCUCUCUCCAUUAACUCCUGUUCCAAGCUUCAUUCAUGUAUUCUCUUGCUUCAAAACUUAUCAUAUACAUUUAUUAGCUCAGGAAAAAAAUAUUUUCUAUAUUUUCUAACUUCUAAACCCCAACUUUUAUUAAAGAAAAGAGGAGAAUACUCGAAUACCACGGAGGCCCAUGUUUGCUUCACAUUGUAAUAAUAACAUUUCAUUGGGAGAGUCUGGGAAUCUUUAGCUGUGCCUAUCACCUUCAGUUCCUACCGCGCACCAGCUAGCUUUGUUUGUUGUGGGAUCUAAUACUCUGUCCUUUUUUGUUGAGAUUUCUUUUUUCGCCCUUAAAAGUUUCAAUCUUUUCAUGUUCUUUGAAUCUUUCCGGUUGAUUUAUUAGCCGUUUGCGUCCAGCUCCCUUGAAAACUUGUCUGCCUCUUCCCCUUUCCGAUUGUCGUCCACUGGUUGUUUCCUUUCCUUAUAAUUUUUAGGAAACAAGAGAGAGUGGUUAUGGAAAGAUUAUACUCGGUCUAACGUCUAUGUUCCAAGAAAUAUAAGUAAAAAUGGCAAAGGAGUACAGUGGAUCCCCAAAGCAUCAUCAGCUGGAAUCCAAGAGGAAGCGCCUCAGUUGGAUCCUAGGGGUCAGUGGGCUCUGCAUUUUGUCUUACAUUUUUGGCGCCUGGCAGAAUACUUCUGCCCCCACAAAUCGAUCGGAGGUCUACAAUAAAGUCGGUUGUGAUGGUGGAUCACCUCCCGCAGGCAACAGUGUACCAUCGUCGUCGUCAUCACCAUCAUCAUUUAGAUUGGACUUUCAAAGCCAUCAUCAAGUUGAGAUCAACAACUCCGGCGGAGUCCAGAAGUUCCCGCCUUGUGCUUUGUCCUAUAGCGAAUACACUCCUUGCCAAGAUCCAGUGAGGGCAAGGAAAUUCGAUCGUAACAUGUUGAAAUACAGAGAGCGGCAUUGCCCCAAAAAGGAAGAACUCCUCCUUUGCCUGAUACCUGCUCCACCAAGAUACAAGACCCCUUUCAAAUGGCCUCAGAGCCGAGACUAUGCCUGGUAUGGCAAUAUUCCCCAUAGAGAACUCAGCAUUGAGAAGGCUGUUCAGAAUUGGAUUCAAGUCGAGGGUGAGCGUUUCAGAUUCCCUGGAGGAGGCACCAUGUUCCCCCGUGGAGCUGAUGCAUAUAUUGAUGACAUUGACGAGCUCAUUCCUCUCAGAAGCGGGAAUAUCAGAACUGCAAUAGAUACAGGCUGUGGUGUAGCAAGCUGGGGUGCUUACCUGUUGAGGAGGGACAUCCUGGCAAUGUCUUUUGCACCAAGGGACACACACGAAGCACAGGUCCAGUUUGCAUUGGAGCGGGGAGUUCCUGCUAUGAUUGGCAUUAUGGCUUCACAGAGGCUUCCUUACCCAGCGAGGGCUUUUGAUAUGGCUCAUUGUUCCCGCUGCUUGAUUCCUUGGCAUAAAUAUGAUGGUAUGUAUCUAAUUGAAGUGGACAGAAUUCUGAGGCCUGGUGGUUACUGGAUUCUUUCUGGCCCUCCUAUCAACUGGAAGAAAUACUGGAGAGGAUGGGAAAGAACACAAGAAGAUUUGAAACAAGAGCAAGAUGCAAUUGAGGAUGUUGCCAAGAGCCUGUGCUGGAAGAAAGUUAUUGAAAAGAAGGAUCUUUCAAUUUGGCAAAAGCCCAUCAACCACAUUGAGUGCAUUAAGAGCAGGAAGUUGUAUAAAACACCGCAUUUAUGCAAGUCGGAUGAUCCAGACACUGCUUGGUACAGAAAUAUGGAAACUUGCAUAACCCCGCUACCGGAAGUAAGCAGCUCAGAUGAAGUUGCUGGUGGAGCGUUGGAAAAGUGGCCCCAGCGCGCAUUUGCCAACCCUCCUAGAAUUACUAUUGGUUCAAUACCAGGGAUCACAGUUGAGAAAUUCCAAGAGGACAAUGAACUAUGGAAAGACAGAGUGACACAUUACAAGCGGAUCAUUCCCCUAUCCAACGGACGAUACAGGAACAUAAUGGACAUGAAUGCCUACCUUGGUGGAUUCGCCGCUGCCUUGGUACAGUAUCCAGUGUGGGUCAUGAAUGUGGUUCCUGCCAAUUCGAAGCAGGACACUCUAGGCGUCAUUUAUGAACGGGGUUUCAUUGGGACAUACCAGGAUUGGUGUCAGGCAUUCUCAACGUAUCCAAGAACAUACGAUCUGAUUCAUGCAGGCGGAGUCUUCAGCAUAUAUCAGGACAGGUGCGAUAUCACCUACAUUCUGCUAGAAAUGGAUAGAAUUCUGAGGCCAGAAGGAACAGUUAUCUUUAGGGACACAGUGGAAGUCCUUGUGAAGAUUCAGGGUAUUACAGAUGGAAUGAGAUGGAAGAGCCAGAUUAUGGACCAUGAAAGCGGGCCCUUCAAUCCGGAGAAAAUUCUUGUUGCUGUCAAAACUUACUGGACUGGUGAAGCUACACAGAAACAAGACUAGUAAAGAGCUGUAGCGUAUUUUCCAUUUUUUCCCCUGCUGCAUCUGUGUCUCUGCUUGCAGCUUUUCGGGAGUUCUUUUCUUCUAUGGGAAUUGUCGUGUUUACUUGAGUUUUGCCAAAGCAUACUUUUGCUGUUUAAAUGAAAAAAAAAAAAAGGUUAGUUUUGCUUAGUCA